GUAUGCGCAAGAUUAGUUAGGUUAUAUCCCGGUUUAUAAGGCGAAGGAUCAGGGAAGAUUAGUUAUUUUGAGUUAUCUUGUCCACCGAUACGUUUCAAAAUGGGUCACACUUCCGACUUGGACGUUUUCCUAAACCUCCACAAAAACCAACUACUUUCAUCCGGAAUUCCCGAAAUUUACUGGAAAACCAUUAACCAAAAAAUCCAGAACCAAACCUUCAACGCCGGUGAAACUUUCCAGCUGAUGCAAAUAUCCUACGAUGAAGAAAAAUCCGCGCAUGAACCAGCAUGGGCUCUACAAGUAAAAACCGACGUGAAACAUUCCGACCCAAAACAGAUUUAUUUAAUCGACCAUACAUGGACUUUUCGCGUGGGACACGCCAAAAACCAGCUGCUGGAAUUCGAUACAUUACGAAGCCGCCUGUGCAGCAUCCUCGGAUUGGACGAAACGUUACCAAAAGAAGAAGUUGCGGAAAACGUUUUCGCAAAUAUUUGGAAGUUGUGUCGUACGUAUUCAGUAGGCAAUGCUGAAAAUAUUGAAGAUCGACUGCCAGUUUGGUAUGUAAUGGACGAAAUCGGAUCAGCGGUGAUUCAUAGUGAUGAACCCAACUGCAGAAUCGUUCCGUUUUUCCACGUUAAUGCUCAAAUAACGUAUUCUUUGCUUUUUCCAAUUAGGGAUAUGCAAGAAGAAGAGUUCGUUUUUGUUGAUUUUGCUGAAGGUGUGCAAGGGAAGUAUGAAAGAGCUGCUGCAUUAUUACCCUGGGUUCCACAGUUAUUUGAAGACGUUAAUUUUAAACCGGAAAUGCCUGGCCCUGAUUAUUAUUUGAGUGGUCACAUUGAGGAAACGUUACCGGAAAUAGAAAACUCAAAUGUAGUUUUUAAGGAAAAAUAUCUUGUAUAUGCUGAAUAUGACAUGGUGAAGAAGUAUUUAACACAUGAUAAAUUUCAGCUGGUUGAUAAUGAAAACGACGCAGACAUAUUAUGGUAUACUAAACAUUUUAAAGAUUUUGCUGAAUUAAGUAAAAGUCCGAAUAAGUUUGUCAAUCAAUUUCCAUUCGAAUAUGUAAUCACGGUGAAAGAUUUGCUUGCACUAACUUGUAGAAAAUUCAUAAAUUUUGAAAAUAACACACUAGAAGCUUUAAAAUGGUUUCCAGUAACUUUCAAUCUGAAAACUGAAAUAGCAAAUUUUGUUAGUUACUUCCAACAUCGCGAAUCAAAAAAACUAGAUAAUCACUGGAUUAUAAAACCAUAUAAUCUGGCGCGGAGUUUGGAUAUCCACAUUACAAAUAAUUUAAAUUACAUUGUGAGAUUACCCGCCACUGGACCUAAAAUAGCCCAAAAAUACAUAAACAACCCCGUACUUUUUUUUCGGCCGGAGUGCAACGGUGCCGUAAAAUUCGACAUCCGUUACGUUCUUUUACUGAAAAAUGUAAACCCUUUGCAAGCUUACGUUUACAAAGAAUUUUUUUUACGAUUUGCGAACAAGCCUUUUGUGAUGAAAGAUUUUCAUGAUUUUGAAAAGCACUUCACUGUGAUGAAUUACGACGAAAAUAUCACGAUGAAACAUAUGUUGUGUGCUGAAUUUAAGAGAGAGUGGAAGGAACAGUUUCCUCGUCACGAUUGGGAAAAUGUGGAAAAGUCUAUUAAAGAUAUGUUGAAAAAUGUAUUGAAGUGUGCUGUUAAAGAAAAACCACCUUGUGGGAUUGCACAUAGUCCUCAGUCAAGAGGUUUAUAUGCAGCUGAUUUGAUGUUGGAAUGGGAUGAGGGUGAGAAAAUCCAACCAAAACUACUGGAAAUUAAUUGGAUUCCUGAUUGUAAAAGGGCGUGUGAAUAUUAUCCCGAUUUUUUUAAUGAUAUAUUCGCGUUGUUCUUUUUGAACGAAUCCAGUGACAAUAUUGCGGAAUUGUAACAAGAAAGGUACUAAUUCAGUUUAUUUUGGCUUAUGCUUUCAAGACAUGUAUGAUAAUUUAUAUUACAAUUAUAUACUGCAUAAUAUUGUUUUAAAUACAUUUUCCAUAUUCGCCA